UCGUGUCGCUACAGUUUAUACGCACAGGUCCUGCUUUUCGUAGACGCGACCUGCACUGCGUUCGUGUUAUACGGUGAUCUUCAAAUCACGAAGCCAUUACAUUUGGUUAUACGAAAGCAAGGAGUUACGCCUCGCGCGCUGUUUAUUAGGAAAGGAAAACAGAAGGUUUACACUUGACGAAGGUGGUGUUCCUUCCUAUCUCCAACGGUUCCCACUAUACGGACAUCAGCGCAAACGAGAGGAUACAAAUCCAUACGGCACCAAGAGAAAACAACGGAUUCAUUGAGUUUUGGAUCUGAAGGAGAUGGGACUUGGGCAUCUGUCCAUAGGAGAACAAGUCCAAACUCGUCACCUAUAGCCAUGAUCGCUUUGCCGUGAGGCACCACACCCGCUUCUAAUGAUUUCUCUAUAGCCGGUCCAGAACUGUGCAGUCAUGUUCAGGAACAGUCUGAAGAUGCUGCUUGGUGGCAAGACCAACCGCAAGAAUCGAAACAGCAGCAGUGACUCUGUGGAGGGUGAGUGUGUGUUUGAGGGGGAUUACGCCAUCCCUCCUCUCCCGGUGACUGAGGGGAUGCAGCACAUCCGGAUCAUGGAGGGCGUGUCGCGCUCUCUCCCCUCCUCUCCUCUGCUCUCGCACCAGGCCAUCAACAUGCGUCUACAGCCAAUCAAAAGACUACCAGGAGAUGAGAGUCAGGAUCUGGGUCCUCCUCCAUCCGUGAACGAGGCAGCCAACACUCUGAUGACGCGGCUGGGAUUCCUGCUCGGAGACAAAGUGAACGAAGGGCCUGCUGGAGCACAGUACAGUAUGGAUGAACAAGAUGAUCCCCAGGGCAUCCCCAUGACUCAAAGGAUAAGCCCUUGCUCUAGCUUAGCUAGCAGCACAGCUUCACCCCCUCCUGGCAGCCCCUGCUCAACAUUGCCUGCUGGAGCACCAGGUAACAUGGGCACCCGUGACUGCGCUUAUGGGUCCAUCACUAGUCCCACCUCCACUCUGGAGAGCCGAGACAGCGGCAUUAUAGCAACACUCACAAGUUACUCUGAGAAUGCUGAACAUGGUAAACACUGCGAGAGUUCACGGGGCAGUCUGAAACUGUGGCAGGCUCAAAAGUCAAUGGGGACAGACUCUUUUCUGUAUCGCGUUGAUGAAAACAUGGCUGCCUCCACAUACAGCCUCAACAAAAUCCCGGAAAGGAGUCUGGAACAUUCUGUCUCUCACUCUGCUCACUCCAUCCCCCUCUACCUCAUGCCCCGCCCCAAUUCUGUGGCUGCCACUAGUUCAGCUCACCUGGAGGAUCUAGCCUAUCUUGAUGAGCAAAGACAGGCACCUCUGCGCACAUCUUUGCGCAUGCCACGUCAGAACUCCAGUUCUGGACGCUCUGGACAGGCGGACACGAGAGUGCGCUUCGCUCCAUAUCAUCCAGCGGACAUUGCCCUAAAGCCGCUUCUCUUCGAGGUGCCCAGUCUCACACCCGACACAGUCUUCACCGGUCGAGAAUGGCUGUUCCAGGAAGUUGAAACAUGUCUUCGAAGCAGUGAGCCCACCGCAAAUCAAGGUGUCGUUAUCGCCGGCAAUGUGGGCUUCGGCAAAACGGCCAUCAUCUCUCGCUUGGUGGCUAUGAGCUGCCAUGGUAAUCGUAUGAGACAGAUCACCUCUGACAGCCCACAUGCAUCACCAAAACAUGGGGACACGUUGCCCCUCAGCCAGCCUCAGUCUGCUCACGGCACUCUGGUUGGGGGGAGCAGCUGCCCUGGCACACCAGAGAUGCGGAGACGCCAGGAGGAGGUGCUCCGGAGGCUGGCCUCACAGGUGGUGGCUUACCAUUACUGCCAGGCAGAUAAUGCGUACACCUGUCUGGUCCCUGAGUUUGUGCACAACGUGGCAGCAUUGUUGUGUAGGGCUCCUCAGAUGCAGGCCUACCGAGAACUACUGCUGCGUCAGCCGCACCUUCAGAGCAUGCUCAGCCUACGCGCCUGCGUCCAGGACCCCUUUAAUGCAUUCCGUAGGGGUCUGUUGGAGCCACUGGAGAUCCUGCAUAGAGAAAGGAAGCUCGCGUGUGAGGAGAAUUUAAUCAUCUUGAUCGAUGGUUUGAAUGAAGCGGAGUUCCAUAAACCAGACUACGGGGAAACCAUCGUUUCCUUCCUGUGUAAAACUAUUGAGCGCUUCCCUCCCUGGCUCAAACUGGUGGUCACUGUCAGAACAAUGCUGCAGGAUGUGACUCGUCCAUUACCGUUUCACCGGAUCUCUCUGGAUCGGUUGGAAGAGAGUGAUGCAGUUGACUCAGACCUGCAGAGCUACAUCUUGCACCGGCUGCAUUCCAGCCAGGAGAUCCAAAACAAUGUGGCGCUCAACGGCAAACUGGACAAUACUGCCUUCGCCAAACUUAGCGCUCAUCUAAAAAGCCUGAGCCGUGGCUCAUACCUCUACCUGAAGCUCACGCUGGACCUCAUCGAUAAGGGUUACCUCGUGCUCAAAAGCUCCAGCUACAAGGUUGUUCCAGUGAAUCUGGCUGAAGUUUAUCUGCUGCAGCUGAACAUGCGUUUUCCCACUCAGUCCUCAUUUGAACGUGUUCUUCCACUGCUUAACAUGGCCGUGGCCUCUCUACACCCACUAACUGAUGAGCAAGCCUUUGGUGCUGUGAACGCCGGAAUAGUUCAUGGAGCCACAUUAGACUGGGAUGAUUUCCAGCAGAGAUGUGAACUUCUGUCACCUUUCUUGGUGAAAAGACGUGAUGGAACGCGCAUGUUCAUCCACCCCUCCUUCAGAGAGUGGCUCAUCUGGAGAGAGGAAGGAGAGAAGACCAAGUUCCUCUGUGACCCCAGGAGUGGCCAUACACUGCUUGCUUUCUGGUUUUCACGACAAGAGGGGAAACUCAAUCGACAACAGACCCUUGAACUUGGCCACCACAUUCUCAAAGCUCACAUUUUUAAGGGCCUGAGUAAGAGGGUUGGGGUUUCCUCUUCAGUCCUGCAGGGGUUGUGGAUUUCCUACAGCACAGAAGGGCUCUCUGCCACUCUGGCUUCACUGAGAAACCUCUACACUCCAAACAUCAAGGUAUCUCGACUGCUGAUUCUGGGCGGAGCCAAUGUGAACUAUCGUACAGAAGUGUUAAAUAAUGCCCCCAUCCUUUGUGUGCACGCUCACCUGGGCUACCUGGAGACUGUGGCUCUGCUGUUGGAAUUUGGGUCAGAUGUGGAAGGGGUUUCAGAUAACGGACUCACUCUCAGUUAUGCAGCAGCUGCGGGACACCUGUCCAUUGUAACUGUGCUCUGCUCCGUGAAAGCCAAGGUGGAUCACCUGGAUAAGAACGGUCAGUGUGCACUGGUCCAUGCUGCCUUGCGAGGUCAUCUGGAGGUGGUAAAGUAUUUGGUGCAGUGUGAGUGGAACACAGAUGGACAGCAGGCCGGAUCGUUCAGCAAGAGUCAUGCAGUACAGCAUGCCCUAAUAGCAGCUGCCAGUAUGGGCUACACAGAGAUUGUAUCAUACCUGCUUGACUUGCCUGAGAAAGAUGAAGAAGAGGAGGAACGAGCUCAGAUAAAUAACUUUGACACACUGUGGGGUGAAACAGCCUUGACAGCAGCAGCAGGACGAGGGAAACUGGAUGUAUGUCGACUCUUGUUAGAGCAGGGUGCCGCAGUGGCUCAACCCAACCGCAGGGGCAUCGUACCACUCUUCAGUGCUGUGAGACAGGGACACUGGCAGAUAGUGGAUCUGCUGCUGAAUCAUGGUGCUGAUGCAAACAUGGCAGAUAAACAGGGCCGAACUCCUCUCAUGAUGGCCGCAUCUGAGGGACAUCUGGGCACGGCCGAGUUCCUGCUGGCUCAAGGUGCUUCAUUAUCUCUAAUGGACAAGGAGGGGCUGACAGCACUGAGCUGGGCAUGUCUUAAAGGUCACCUCCCAUUGGUCCGUGCUCUAGUUGAGAGAGGGGCGGCUACAGCCCACGCAGACAAGAGUGGACGCACCCCGCUGGAUCUUGCGGCCUUCUAUGGCGACUCUGAAGUGGUGCAGUAUCUGGUAGAUCAUGGUGCGAUGAUCGAACAUGUGGAUUACAGUGGCAUGCGCCCGCUGGACCGAGCCGUUGGCUGCAGGAACACAUCGGUGGUGGUGGCACUGCUCAAGAAGGGUGCCAAGAUAGGUCCUGCUACAUGGGCGAUGGCGACAUCCAAACCUGAUAUUAUGAUUGUUCUGCUGAGCAAACUCAUAGAAGAAGGGGACGGAUUCUACAAGAAAGGAAAGGUGAAAGAAGCCGCUCAAAGGUACCAGUAUGCCCUGAAGAAGUUCCCAAGAGAGGGUUUCACAGAAGACCUGAAGACCUUCCGUGAGCUCAAAGUCUCUCUGCUACUCAACCUCUCUCGCUGCCGGAGGAAAAUGAACGACUUUGGAAUGGCAGAGGAGUUUGCCUCCAAGGCACUAGAGUUGAAACCCAAAUCCUAUGAAGCCUAUUACACACGAGCCCGUGCCAAGCGCAGCAGCAGGCAAUUCCACGCAGCCCUGGAGGACCUGAGUGAAGCCCUGCAUCUGUGUCCCAAUAGCCGCGAGAUCCAGCGUCUGCUGCAGCGUGUGGAGGAGGAGUGUUGUCAGGUUGCAAGGCAACAGGAGCUGGAUCUGCCCCCUUCCCCUCCCAAUGAUCAAGGCCCACCCAUGGUCCCGCCUUCAUCAAUGGAGCCCCGUUUUUCAGACAUGGAGCCUGUCCAGGACUUGUUUGAGGAGGAGGACGAUUACCUUGAGCGGGAUUUGGAUGGCCUCCCACAAGGUGUCCCUGCCGAGCACCACACUAAUCCAUCAGGGCUUCCAGUCAUUCAGAACAUGCCCCCAUCUCCGAGCCAUCAUGAUUCCCCCUACCUGGGCCAGGCAUUUGACCUUCGCCCCACCCUGCCUUCAAUGUCAUCUCCUACUCGCCAGGGCUACCAAUCCACCUCCCCGUCACUCUCCCCAACGCACCAGAACUCCCACUACUGGCCCAGUCCACCUCAACAAGCCUCCUACCAAUUUAGCCCACCGCCCUCCCCAUUACGUCGUGGACCACAGUACCGCAUCAGCCCAUCUUCUGAGGGAGCCGCCAUGUACCGUCCCCAGUCUGCCUCUGCAGUCCGCUACCAGCAGGACCAGCUUGCAGGUCGCCCUAAGUCCCCUUUAUCCAAGAUGAGCAGCCAACGUUCUUUUCAACUUCCCCAACAGACUUCCCAGGUGUCACAGCAGGGCCAGUGGUUGCAGCCAGCCAAGGCACAGAUUGUCCGGACCAACCAACCCAGCACCGCGGUACACUCCAGUGCUGUACUGGGGAGUAGUGCAUACAGUCAGAUCGCCCACUCCAUGAGUGCUCGCUGCCCGGUAGACAUGGAUGAACUUGGGGAUGGAGGGUACUCUGGGUCAAUUCAACCCCAAGGCAGUCUGAGCGCAGGGGCUUUGUACCAGCGUGGCAUCAGCAUGGACCCUGGUCUUGUUGAGGAUGAGCUUCUACAGAGGCCCUCCUCCGCAUACAGACCCAGUCCUGGAGUUGUCCGCUAUGGCCAGACACCCCAGAUCAGCCGUAGUCAAUCGACCGCAUACUAUCCCAUCUCGCCCCAUGAGAUGGAGCGGCAGGUAACCCUCAGCACGCCCGAGAACCCACAUGCCCACCGACGUCCUGUCAGCGCCAACAGCGCAGAGCCCAAACAGCAUCCACCUCCCCCUCGCCCCCUAAUUCAUUCCCACAGUACGGGUCUACGCUUCUCUCCAUCCAGCAACAGUUUAGUGGCAGGUUCCACUGCAAAUCUAGGCCCGGGAUUCAGGGCUUCGGCUUCAACACAGCAAAUGGAGAUCCCUCUGAAGCUUACCUAUGAAGGCAGCUACCAGGAUGAUCUUUCACCAAUGUCACCCCCACAAGGUACAGACUUCCGGGUGGUGGGGGGUACUUACCCAUGCGAGGCGGUUCGUUCCCGGGCCACGCCCUUCAUGGGCAUCAUCGACAAGACAGCACGAACUCAGCAGUACAUUCAGCAACAGCCUUCGCUUGCAUCCUCCUCAUCGGGUUCUCGGCCCUGGACCGUAUCGUCUCUGGAUACGGUGGUAAACAGUCCGGCGACUUCCCCUAGUAACACAGGCUACGGGCAGCAUGCAGCACCCCUCAGCCAUAUUGCCUACUACAACCGUACCAACAACGCUCACAAUGGCCACCUCAUGGACGACGAUUUCUGUGCCAACCCUCCAGGUGUGACACGGGACAGGGCAGACGCAAUGGGCAGAGUUAGCCAGGUUCCCACAUACCCAGAUGUGAAAGUGGCACGGACUCUGCCAGUUUCCCAGGCCUACCAGGACAAUGAGUAUAGGCAGAUGUCUCGCAAUGAACGGCAAGGCCCGACCUCACCCAUUAAACCAAAGAGACCCUUUGUGGAAUCUAAUGUGUAGAGUCAGUGUGCAAGAUUUCUUAGAACAUUCUUGAAGAAUAUCUAACAUGUUUUCAUUGCAAACCUGACCAUCAUCAUACCUUCAUUUAAUGCCCCAUAUCUUGUUGAUGAAAAUAUGGACCUGUCAAGGUGAAUUCCACUUAAGUCUAGCAUGUGCAAAACAAGCGUGUCUAUAUUUGUUCUGGACACAAAAAUGGAAGUAUCAAGGACCCUUUGGAAUUACAGUAGGCCAGUCUAACUGCUGUACAUGAAGCUUAAACUUUUUCUGUACCUUCAAGAGAGGGCAGCAUCUAAAUAUCAGCCAGGACACAUUUCGGAAUUCUUUUGCUGAACUUAGCCCCUGGACUAGACCUGUACCAAUAUUCUCCUCAAACCAGUUAAAUUCCCUCUUUUGAGAAUCAUUGCUGUGUCCUAAGUUUAAAAUGUACUUAAAAUAUUAUUCCAGAUCAAUACUGCUAAAGCAGAAAAGUAAUAUUUAUAAUUUUAAGUUAUGCUUGUACAAAUAUAUAUAUAGUAUAUAUAAAUUUCAAUGCAGUUGUUUUACAGUUUUUGCAUUUCAUUCCUAAGUUGACAUGCAGUCAGCAAUGUGAAAUAUUUUUAGACUGUUACAGGCAUUUUUUUUAGCUUUUGUCAACAGGUUACAAUGUAUCGCUUCCUUUUAAACAAUGCAAAUGUAAGAAGUGAUUGGUAUAAUAAUCUAUCUACUCAUGGGAAGUAACAUCUGGUAGGUCAACCUGUUAUUUACUUUCUCUUAAUGGAACACUUGUCACACCACUAAAGCGGAAGUUCUCUUUUCCAAAGAAACAUUUCACUGGGAUAAUAGGUGCGAGGGAAACGUUUUAAAUGUUAUUUUGCAACCUCAAAAUCCACGUUCGUAAAGUGUUGAUCGUUUCUUACGUGCACAGAAACACACUUAACGGGGUAUUUCAUGCAAAAAUGAAAAUUUAAAACACAAAAGGGAUGUUUGGCAGAAUGAAAGCCUCAGUCAUCAUUGACUUAUUUGCAUCUUUUCUUUCAUACAGUGAAACUGAAUGGGGACUUUCAUCCUAACUUUUGUGUUUCAUGGAAGUCAGUCAUAAGGGUUUGACAGAACAUGAGGAUGAAUAAAUUAUGACAGAUUUUUUUUUUCUCAGUUGAACUAUACCUUUCAGUUGUGAAGCUUUUUUUCCCCCCAAUAGAAAGGUGUUCCUCUUUGUUUUGUUUAAACUGUGAGUACUUAUUUACAGAUACAUAAGAGGAGGCCCGAUCGGUUUGCAAAGCCGUUUACCAUUGAACUAACAAUUGAUGGGCAAGGCACUUUUAUAUGGAUGUCUUAGGGGAGGAUGACUGCAAGACAGACAUUUAAAUCCGGCUUGUCCGAUCAUUGUCAACUGCUGUUGUAAAAGAGCAGGCCUUUUUCAGUGUUUUAAUUAUUAUUUUUCUCUUUAUGAGGUGCAGUCAGACUUGACCUGCUUACUGUACAACAGUGUUUGUAUUUAACUUUGUUUUCCUUUUGUAUGACGGAAGUGUAAAUGACUGAAAAUAAUGUGCAGAACUAGAACACAUGCUCUCCACGUGUGGUUUUAUGUAUGAAUAUUCACUGAGGAAAAAGACUGUGGCACGAUAUAUUUCCUUUUUUUCCCUUAUUAGACAAAACAUCAAAGGGUCAAGAUUGGGUUUUGUAUUCAAAUUUCUUUUAUGGUUUAAUUUUGUUUCAAACUGAGCUUGCGAAGGAGAAUUCACUGUAAAUUGUCUGUAAAUGUAAGCUGUGAUGUUUUGGGAAGGAAAACGUGAAAGAUUAAUUUUUAUCUGAUUACACGAUUGUAAACUGUACAAUCAUCUGUAUGUAUGAGGGAAAUAAUGAACGUAUUUAAAAAUGAAUACAACUUCAAAGAAAA